GGCACAUCCAGCGGAAAAACAACAAGGCGCUAGCAUGGUUAGCCUGUUUUGGUGUCGGUUCGAAGCCCGCCUUUGCUGAGUGAGCUGAACAUUUCUGUGUCCACGGCCUUCCUCUGACUCCGUUCUGUUUCUUACCGACGGGUUAAAGAAGAACUCAUUUGCUGACCCCAAGUUACCAAAUGACAAAGAUGAAAGAGAAACAGACAGAACCAGAACCACAGCAGACCAAAGAGGAACCAGAACUAAGUGAAGAGCAGGAUAAAGCUUGGGUUGGUCGGGGCGAAGGGUUCCUUGUAGUGAAACAGGAGACCAACAGCUUUAUGGUGACUCCUGCUUAUGAGGAAAUAUUCCACAAUGGACCAGAACUGCAACAGAUGGUGGAGCUAAAGGAGGAACCAGAACCUGUGCAGAUUCAGGAGAAAUCAGAACCUGUCCAGGUUAAAGAGGAAUGGGAGGAUCUCUACAAUGAUGAGGGGCAGCUUGUAGCGAAGGAGGAGACCGACGCCUUCAUGAUGAGUCCUACUUCUGAUCAAAACAAUUUCAACCCAGAACCAAUGCAGGACAAAGUCCUCUCUGCAAACUUUCCACAAGUGCAGAACCAACAUCAGCAUGGAGGAAACCCAAAAGACUCAAGGCUCAAGAAAGAGCUUGAACCAGAUGAGAGGCAUCAGAAAUCCAGGAAUGUCGGGGACAAGUUGAAGCUUAAAAGACAAAAAACUGACGUGUGCUCCUGUGAAGUGUGUGGUAGAUAUUUUAAACAGCAUAGGUAUUUGAGUGCACACAUGAGGACUCACACAGAUGAGAAGCCUUUUUCUUGUCUGACAUGUGGGAAAGGUUUCCGCAGGCAACCUGAGCUGACUCUGCACAUGAGAACUCACACAGGUGAGAAGCCGUUCCGAUGUCUGGUUUGUGGUAAAGGUUUUAUACAGAAAACUACCUUGAAUUAUCACAUGAGAACGCAUACAGGUGAGAAGCCACACACUUGUGAAUUUUGUGGUAAAUCUUUUAUACAGAGGAGUGAUUUGACUUGCCACAUCAGGACUCACACAGAUGAGAAACCGUAUCAAUGUGAGUUGUGUAAGAAGUCUUUCAGACACAGUAGUGAUUUUACCCGCCACAGAAGAACUCAUACAGCUGGGAAACCAUUCUCAUGUCUGACUUGUGGGAGAGCAUUUAACAAGCACAGUAAGCUGAGUCGUCACCAGAGAAUUCACGGAAGUGAGAAGACAUAUCCCUGUGAGCUAUGUAAAAAAUCUUUCAAGCGGCGUUGUGACUUUGCGCGUCACCUAAGAACUCACACAGGCGAGAAACCGUUUAAUUGUGAAUUAUGUGAGAAAUCUUUCACACAGCGUGGCGAUCUGACUCGUCACAUCAGAACUCACACAGGUGAGAAGCCGUCUUUGUGUAAAGUGUGUGGUAAAAGUUUUAGUGAGUCUAGUAGUAUGGUUAGACAUAUGAGAACUCACACCGGGGAGAAGCCUUACAUCUGCAAAGUGUGUGGCAAACUUUUCAGUUUUGGCGGUCAUUUGACUGUUCACCUAAGAACUCACACAGGUGAAAAGCCAUGCACUUGUAAAGUGUGUGGUAAAUCCUUCAGUGACUGCAGUAGUAUGGCCAGACAUAUGAGGACACACACAGGUGAGAAGACAUAUCCUUGUGAACUAUGUGAAAAAUCCUUCCGACAGAGUUGGGAUUUGGCUCGGCACCGUAGGACUCACACUGGUGAGAAGCCUUUCCAAUGUCUGGCUUGUGGUAAAGGUUUUGUCCAGAAAACAACCUUGAGUUAUCAUAUGCGAACUCACACAGGUGAGAAGCCUUAUCCCUGCGAUUUGUGUGAUAAGUCUUUCAGGCAGAGAAAUGAUUUAACCCGUCACAUUAGAACCCACACGGGUGAGAAACCUUACGGUUGUGAAUUAUGUGAUAAAUCUUUUAGACAAAGUAUCGAGUUAACUCGUCACAUAAAAGCUCACGCAGAUAAGGAUCUAAAUUGUGUGGUUAAUCAGUCAGAUUAAGUUGGACUAAUAUGUGGAGAAUUUAUCUCAAUCUAGACAUUUUAAUAUGAAGACCAUUUUUGUCAGACAUGCAUUAACUCAUAUCCUCACCAGGAUUUUGCUAAAGGCCUUCAUUGCUACGUUGAACUGAACUUAAUAACUUUCUGUUUCAAAUAUGAACAACAACAUUUUUUAUUUGUGCCGCCAUCAUUUGUUUCCAGGAGUCACCAAAGCUAAAACCUCCCACUCCCACCUUUUUUAAACCAAAAAGAAUUGGUGUCAAUCUAGGGCUGGACGAUAAUUCAAUAUAUAUAUAU